CAGCAGCACUAAAGUGAAUGAAUUGACUUCGAGUAACGGCACCUCCAUUACGAACAACAGUCCACCUUAUCGAUAGUUAAAGCCGAACUGAUAUCUUGUUGUCCAUCCUUGGCGACGAUGGCGAACAUUGCACCUACAUCAGCGGCGAAUUAUAGGAGCGUAACUCCGGCGAUGAAUAACGUACGGAGAGGCGUGGGCGCUUCCAGCGGCGGAACCCCCAACAGCAUGAAUCAAAUGAGGUACACCGAUUCUUUCAACCCCAUCGACACUCCUCAGCAACAAUCAUUUAACCAGUCCCAAUCAAACCAUGGAAAUUUAACUCCGUCUUCGACUGGACUCCUACGCCUCACUUUGCGAAAGCCCAUGGGAAUUGUCUUUGAACCCAUGUACGACCCCAACACACCCUCCAUUCAGCGAGGUGUCCGAAUUUGCGAUCUUCCUCGCACCGGUGCGGCAGCCCUCUCCCGGAAGCUCGAAGUUGGCGACGAAUUGCUGUCGAUUAACGACAAGACUAUGUCUAGACUCACCUUUGAUGAAAUCAUGGAUUUUAUCAUCGAAGCAGACCCCGAAGAAGUCAACCUCUUGUUCCGCCGUCCCCGUAAAGAAACGUUGCAUGCGAGGCAGGGCAUCAAUCUUAACAAAGCUAGCAACCCCAACGGGCCUGGCGUUAAAUGGAUUGACGACGAGGAACGAAACGUAAGUGGCGGCAAAGGAGCCAAGCCAGAAACAUCUACCAUGUCAUCACGAAGUGGCGGAAGGAAGGACAGGAAAUCGUCACGAAGGAGUGGCAAUGGAUCAUCGAGUCGAAAUCACGACGACGAGACUCUGCAAUCUGAGGAUAACGAUUACAGCAGGUCUGGCACCGGUCGCAGCAGUCGAGGAAGAAAAGGACGAAGAAGGAAAGAUCCAUACGAAUCAGAAUCAUUUCUUGACAUUUUGAUCGACACCAUAUGCGCGAAUCCAGAUAGUGUAUGCAGAGAUCGGAGAAGAGGUGACGACGAUUAUUACUCUGACGAUGAUGAAACGUUUGCGUCAAGAGAUGACUCCACUUAUGUGACGUACGAGUCAGAGGACCGAAGAGAACUCAAGAAAAAAAUGAAGUCGAAGCAAUCAAAAGGUAGCAAAAAUCGAGACGAUGAUUCUUCGGAAUACGGUGACGAAACCGAAGAAGACACCCUGGACGAUAAGCGUGGCAGUGCGAACAGUUCAAGCAAAAGAGAGAAGGGCAGUGCCCGCUUGUCACCUCCAUCUGAAGGACUGAAGUCACCGUCCGAUAUGAUGAAGAAAAAAAAGAGCAGUGGGAAAUACGAAGAUGACGGAACGCUGGAAACUGUGGACUCGGUCGAGAGAAACAAGGCCAUGGAAGCAGCUCUUGCGCCAGACCCGACACCUCCGCUAGGCCUUGCCCCUAAUCCCGAGCCAGCUGCAGGACCCGUCCUUCCUUCGGAUACUGAUGAUGAUGGAAAUCCAGCUCCGAUCAAAACUGUAGAAUACGACGACAUGGACAACGGUGCCGACGUAUCAGUCAUGGAAAGUCUCGGAGGCCCGUCACUCCUCAUCGAAAAGCAACGACAAGCCGCGGCUGUAGUUGCUACUAAGGUUGCUGUCCCACCUGUCCCUGCUGAUAUCAUUGAAAAUUUCGGCAAGGACUAUCCUCUCGAUUUCGGAUUUUCGAGAGAGCAAACGAUCCAAAAUGACCCAUUGCGUUUCUACACAUUUGUUGUAAAGGGCCUUCUACAAGAGCACGAGCCAGAAAAGGUCAGGUUACUGGAGAAGCUGUUGGCGAAAUACAGAGGUCGUGAAGACCAUUUGGUCCAAAAACUUUCGGUGCGUUACAACAAAGAAGAGGAGGAGGAACAGGAUCAGCACGAACAUGGACUAGGCGCGGCAAGAAGUUUUGAAGACGCUGUCAACCAAGGAAAAGGAAGCGCGCACGCCAAUGCAACUAUUCAAACCGCUCGCGAACGAUUGCAAAACGAUGGAUUCCAAACUGACCAAUGGCCAGAAAAGGAAACCAAAGAACAAGACGAUGAAGACGACAAGCAACCUGAGAUGCAGUCUGAAAGUGGAACAGAGUUCUCGGGCGAUUCAAUUGACGGAACUUCUCCUGCAGUUAUUGCUCAAGUAUCUGAACUGUUAAAUUACGUUUAUGGCAAGACAUCAGUUCCGGGUCAGAUUGAUCGUGUAUCGACCAUAAUGAGAGCGUACGAAGGGCGAGAGGCCGUUCUUUUAGAGUUACUGGAAACAAAGGCAUUGAUCAAAGCCAACAGAGAGAAAGAAAAUGCCGGCCAACUACCAUCAUUCCUGAGAAAUUCUGCGAAUGCCCAACGAAAUGCUGGAAACGAAAUGUCUGCAGCUGAUGGUGAUGUACCACCAGUAACACCGAUGGCAACACAGGCCGCGAUUAAUGAUGAUAUCUCGUCGAUGAGCGGAGUUUCAUCUCCUGCGGAAGGGCAGCAACACGCAGUCAACGCUGGAGUAUUGAAGCAAAUAAAUGUGAGUUCGCGUUGAUCCUCAUUGUCUUCAUUUUACAUGUAUGUUAUUUUAAAUUUUCGCUUAACACUUUUUGUUUUGCGUUCUGCUUUCGUAUCACUUCCUUCCAGCAGGGCCACGAUAUUGCGCCGCACUCAGCUCCAGGCACUGAUGGAAAUGCAGGUCACGAAGUUGAAUUCCCACGAGCUACAUCUUCUCCUCAGAAAUUAAAGGGUGCACGGGCACCAGUCCCUGAGAAGGGUGAUGCGAAAAAGAAGAAGAAAGGAAUCUUUGGAGGGCUUUUUGGAGGCAAAAAAGGAAAGAAAUCAAAGGACGCUGACAAAUCAGAAAGAACUGCAUCAAGAACCAGAGGCCUACGGUCUCCUAUGGGACGAAAACUGAAAAAUCCCACCGAAACGUCAGCCUAAUAUCAUCGAACUAUUGAGUAAUAAUAUAAAUAUACAUUU